AUGAAUUGGUUUAUAUUCGGUUACAUUAUUUCAUUAGGUUUUAUUCUUCAAGUACAAACAGAACAAGAUAUCGAUCCCAAUGGAUAUAUUAUUUUUUGUUUAUGUAUGGGUCGAUUUGGUAAUCAAGCAGAACAUUUUCUUGGCGGUUUAGCGUUCUCUAAAUUAAUUAAUAGAACAUUGAUUGUUCCACCUUGGCGUACCUAUAAAAAUAUUCCAUAUUCAGAAUGGUUUCAAAUAGAAUCUCUUCGUUCUUAUCACCGUGUUAUUGAUGCUGAAGAUUUUAUGCAAAAUCUUGCUCCUCGUAUUUGGCCACCGGAAUCUCGUAUUGGUUUUUGUUGGUUAUCAGCUGAUAGGCCUAAAUCAGAAUGUCAAAUGAAAGAAGGAAAUCCAUUUGGAGCAUUUUGGAAUGAAUUAAACGUUAGUUUUAUUGAUACAGAUACAUAUCAACUUAGUUAUGAUAAAUAUUCUAUUAAUGAAUGGCAUGAUUUAUUUCCAGCUGAUCGUUAUCCUGUUUUAGCUUUAAAAGGAGCACCAGCAUCAUUUCCAAUGCUACCUGAACAUCGUCCAUUACAAAAAUAUAUGGAUUGGUCAGAACAAAUUAUGAAUGAAGUUCAACAACAUCAAAAAACUCUCUUUAACAAUGAACCUUAUAUUGGAAUUCAUUUACGAAAUGACGUUGAUUGGUUACGAGCUUGUGCUGAUGUUGAAUCACUUAAAACUCGUUCAUAUAUGGCUUCACCUCAAUGUUUUGAUCAAUCAUCAUCUACUCAUGCCUAUGUUACGCAUAAAAUCUGUUAUCCAUCUGAUGAUGAAAUAUUUCGUUUAUUAAAAAAUAUUGUUCUUCGUACACGUAUACAUAAUAUUUAUGUUGCAACUGAUAAAAGACCAAUGAUCAAAGAAAUUGAAGAACAUCUAGCAGCACAACGCGUACAAGUAAAACAUCUUGAUCCAUGGUUACCUGUUAUGGAUAUUGCAAUGUUAGCACAUGCAAAUUAUUUUAUUGGGAAUUGUGUUUCAUCAUUUACAUCAGCUGUUAAAAGAGCAAGAGAUGUUCAUAACUUACCAAGUGCUUUUUGGGGUUUUAGUGAGUGA